GUUCUGUAUUCACCAAUGAAUAUGUUAAUUGUAAUAAUUCUUUUGGUGACUACUUUUCAUCUCAACCUAACCUUAGCUGGACCAUUCAGAUUUCAGCACAAAACUGAAGUGUCAUGGAUGGCUUGUUCUGAUGCAUUAGGUAAGUUGGCUUUAUUUUCACAUCCAGAUGAAAAGCAAAAUCAGAAUUUUUGCAAUCCCAAUAACCAUUGUGCUUUAGGUUCCAUUUCACAUUGUAUGAUUGAUCAUGCAGCGGAUUCUAUCGAAGAGAUAAAUCAAUUUUUAAAAAGUUGUGAAGGUUCUGGCUUGACUUUGGAACAGUUCGAGCACGCUUACUUGAAUGCCACCCCUUAUAUGAAAACUAGAAAUCCUCCAAAAAAUGAAUAUGCUUUGCAGCCAACAUAUUUCCCUCUUUCGGUUCCCCAGAAUGCAUUUACUGAAGCUUACAAUCAAGCAUAUGGAAGUAUUUUGACAGCAAAUUACACAUUAAUAUUUGGGAUUCUUCUUGAAUCUUAUUGGUUUAUAAUAAUGAUGCUUGCUACUAUAAACCACUGGGUUUAUUUCUUUACUCCAACACUCAUCAGAAAUCUCCAUUCUCCUGUAGUAAAUUACUUUAGAUCAAUUUUCAUCCUAGCCCCAACAGAUAACAAACAUCAUGCUAACCCAAUAAAGAAAUUCAUGAUUUUUCGAAUGCUUCUUCCUCUUAGAUUUGAAAGUUUUAUUAUUUCUUUUUGGUUCAUUUUAAUGAUCAUUUUUGCCUCAGCAGAUAUCUACACACCUACAGGAGGCACUAUUCAUCUUUCAAUAGGACAUAGAGCUGGUUGGUUGGUAGCUUAUACUCUUCCUAUUAUAUUUUUGUUUUCUGGAAGGAAUAAUUUCUUACAGUACCUUACAGGAUGGCAAUUCAGUCGAUUUUUGAUUUUGCAUCGAUGGGUAGCUCGAAGUGCAAUUUUACUCAUAAUUGUCCAUGCUUCCAACUAUACAAUGGCACUUAAACACUUUGGUGUUUACAAGGAGUUUUUUCAACAAGGGUUUGUUAUUGCUGGAGUAACUGCUGGAACUGCUAUUGGUCUAUUGAAUGGUCAUUCUUUUCAGAUAUUUAGAAACUCCAAUUAUGAAUUAUUUGUUUUGAUCCAUAUUUUAUUAGCUACUGCUGUUGUUGUAGGUGGAUGGAUUCAUACUAGUCAUUUUGACUGCCCUCAAUUCUUUUAUGCCACAAUAACUAUAUGGGGCGUUGAUAAAUUGGCAAGAAUUGUACGAAUAAUCAGUUUUGGUAUUCAAACAGCUCAAGUUGAGUUACGAGCUGAAGAAACUAUAAAAGUGUCUGUUAAAAAGCCUCACCAUUGGAAGGCACAUCCUGGAGCUCAUUCUUUCAUUUACUUCUUCAAGCCUACCUGUUUUUGGCAAGCACAUCCAUUCACUGUAGUUGAUUCUAUCUGCGAUGAAAAUACCAUUACUCUGUAUAUUAAGGUCAAAGGAGGAAUGACGCAUGGAUUAUUCAAACAUUUAUUGAAAUGUCCAGAUAAUAAAGACCACAUUAAAGUUUUGGUAGAAGGUCCAUACUCUCUGAAGUUACCACUUCAAAUAUUUGAUACCGUGGUGUUUUUAGCAGGUGGUAAUGGAAUCCCCGGACUAUUUGCUGAAGCCUUGGAUUUGUAUCACAAGUCAAAUGGUAUUAAACAUAUCAAAAUUUACUGGGUGAUUCGUGAAUUCAAAUGCAUAGAUUGGUUUUAUGAUGAAUUAAAGAGAGCUUUCCAAUGUGAAAUUGAAAUCAUUAUUUAUAUUACUAGGGCAGGAUCAUUGGACUUUGAUUUUACAAGAAAUAGUUUUGAGAAUUCCGAACCAUUUGAAAAGAGUCACGUAAGAAAACCUACUAAUUCUACUAAAGAUAAUACAACUAUUGAAAAUUCAUUAACUAAUUCUAGUUUUAAGGAAAGUUUGAAUUUUAUAGAAUUUAGGGAAGGUAGACCAAACUUGCAGCAAAUUAUUGAUUUUGAAAUUCUUUGUUGUAAGGGUCCUAUUGCUUUUGCAACCUGCGCACAUCCGUCCAUGGUGGAUGAUGUUAGAGUUUCAGUGAUCAAGGCAUUGAGAUCAGAUUGUUCAAAACGAAUUGAACUCUUUGAUGAAUUACAAAGAUGGUGAAUGAUAAUGUUUUAUUUUACUUAUAAUAAGCUUAUUUUCAUAUUUAGUUAUAUAAAUGAGUUAUAUAAAUAUAUUAGUAGUAUAUACAUUUCAAUGCG